AUGUCCUGGCUUGGAGAGAUCUACAUUCCAAUAUUCAAUUAUAGUUAUAGCGCCACCAGCUGGCAGCAGGAAUUAUUUCCAAGUAAUGUCAAUAAUGUACUGAUUCUCUCUUCCCCAGAUGGAGGCUCUGCAGCUUUUGGUAUCGAAUUACUCCGAGGAUCUGCUGGAGGUUUAUCCUCAUCCCUUUCCUCCAAUUCUGGACCAGAGCAGAAGAAGCCAGUCACGGCCCAGGAGAGAAAACGAGAGAGGGAAGAGAAGCGGAGGAAGAGACAGGAGCGUGCGAUGGAGCGAAAGAGGAAGCUGAAAGAGAAGGAGAAAAAGGAGGGAAAACAAGGCAAAUCUUUGGGUGGCGUGUUACUCAGCGACAGCGAUAAGAAGCUGUUGGAGCGCUGGGGACGAAUGAUGGACAACCGGGUGGACAAAUCCCAGACCGCGGAAACCAAUAGUGCCAAGACCGGUGAGGGUAAAAAGGUCCAAAUCCAGCCAGCAAAAGGAAGCAAAGUCGUGAAGACAAACUCAGACGGGGGAGAAUCAAUGGCACCAAAACAACCCAACGAAGUGCAGGCUUUCAAACCACCACAAACACUGCCACAAUUGGGACAGUGUUUGGCAGCUGGAAUAUUCCAUCCAACUCCGACUCAUGAUGCACAGCCCGUCUCUUUAGGUUCAGCUCAGAAUGGAGACGUUGGGAUAGUUGCUGUAGGGGGAGGUGGAAGUGUUGGUGUGGUAACCGCCCCAUGUGCCUUUGCCAAAAACAACAUAUUAAAACCUCAGUUUCUGACUGUUGGAACAAUGUUCACUGGUCUUGAGAACUGGACAGGAACAACUCCACACCAACCCCAGAAAACCCACCAACCUCCACCUGAACUGAAUAACCCCGCUCACACUGGCUUUGCGCACAUGCAAACGCAGCCGAAGCCUGUCACGCAUGCGCAGUCGCAGUCCAACGCUCACAUCCAUCUGCUGCCGCUGGAAUCCUUUAUGACCAAACCAUCAGCUCUGAACCCCAGCAUUGGCGUCUUGGACACCAGCACGUCUCGUUCCAAUCCAGAGAUCGGCAAUGGUCCUCGAGCCCUGGACAAACUUCGUGUUUUAGAAGAGCGACAAAAUGGCUCUCAUGCGCAGGGCCCUUCAAAACAGCCUCCGGGAGCUGCAGCUCAACCCUGCCUUGGUCUCACUGACACGGGACAGCCGGCAAACUGCAUCCCUGACAUCCACACAGUCACACAGCAGCUCUCAAAGUCACAGGUUGAAGACAUUUUGCCGCCGGUUUUCUCAGUGACUCCUAAAGGCAGUGGAGCAGGAUACGGCGUCGGCUUCGACCUCGAUGACCUCCUCACUCAGUCUCUCACCGAACUCCAGCACUCUGACCUCAGGGAAAGUCACAAUGACUUGGCCCCCCUGUCUGCAUCCCUGCUCUCUGAUUGGCUUGAGGUACACCGCAUGACCCCUGCUGACAUGGAGUCACUUCAGCAGGAGCUCCAGCUGGGAUCUCCCAUGAUCCUCUCCGACAACUCAACGCUUCCUGAUACCUGAUCAGUCCACCACGCAUUUCAUCCCCUUGUAGAACCGGUCGAGGGCCGUGAACAGAGGAACUUGAUAGCUGUAUUGUGCACAGUAGACAGAAUAUGUUUGAGGCUCCAAAUUAUUAAGGCCUCUACCUAGACUCUUACCCAGAAAAGUGCCUUUAUCUUUAAUGGGUUCGUAUGCAUUAUUUAUCUGUGCCAACAUUAAAGUAUGAUGCUCUGUUCGGUGCCAUUACCAAGCAAUUCAGAUCCAGGGAGAAAGAGUUCAGUUCAGCGGUGCUAGUGCCAUUCAUUCCCCCUGGAAUAUCAGUCCAUUCAACUGAGUUUAGAGAAUAAUUCACUUGAAAUAGCGACUUGUUUAGCAGACCAGUGUUUAAAGCUAUUUUCUAGUGCACUACAGUAGGAGUCACCAGCAGGGCAGCAGUAUUACGGUGGAUGAAACACAGCAGAGCACAAUGAUAUCAUGACUGUAGAAAAACAUUUCAUUUGAUGUUGCAUGAAUGCCUUGUAGAAAAUAGUGAAACUUGCUGCAGCACAUGCAGAUUUGCUCCGUUUUACACCAGCAACAAAGAGUAUCGUCUUGAAUAAAGCUAUCAAAGGGA